AGUAAAGUUUUUUUUUUCCUCGUCAAAGUUACACAUAUGCAUAUUUUAGGAUUUGUCACUUGAUUGUAAACCUGCCGUCGAAAUCCAUACAAUUCUCGAUGCAAAUAAACAACGAUUCGGUGUUAUGUUAUAAUUGAAGAGGCGAAAACACAUUAUUUUUUUGAGCGACGAAUUCUUUUUUUCCUUCAUUCAAACAUACAAAAUGGUCACAAAUAGUUUACUGUGUUAUUUUACGGCAUUAUUGUUAAUGUAUCAUAGUGUAUCCGGUGUAGAAUUAACAUUUGAUUUGCCAGACAGUGCUCGAGAUUGCUUUCAUGAGGAUAUUAAGAAAAAUACGUCCGUAGUAUUAGAAUAUCAGGUUGUAACCGGCGGCCAAUACGAUGUGGAUGUCGUAUUAGAGGGACCAAAUCAAGAAAUCCUUUAUCAAAAUACACGAUCUCAGUUUGAUUCACAUCAAUUCACAACUGAUACGGACGGAAUUUACACGGUGUGUUUCAGUAAUGAAUUCAGCACAUUCAGCCACAAAAUUAUUUACAUGGAUUUCCAAGUUGGUGAUGAGAACCCAUUGACACCAGACAUUGAUGCGCAUGCAACCGCACUGACUCAACUUGAAUCGUCAGCCCAAGAGAUUCACAAGAGUCUAAACGCCAUUUUAGAUUAUCAAACACAUCAUCGUUUGCGUGAAGCCCAAGGUCGCAAACGAGCUGAAGAGUUAAACGAACGAGUGUUAUGGUGGUCGAUAGCUGAAGCAUUUGCUAUUUUAGCCAUUUCAAUCACACAAGUGCUUAUACUGAGAAACUUCUUCACCGAUCGAUCACCCAAUCAACAACGAUAUGGACGUUUGUAAACAUGUUUAGCGUAGAAUGCAUAACCUUAAUUUAUCUCUCUGCUGUCGAUUUUCCAUCCUGGUGCAAAAUAAGAUCGUUUUUAAGGGAAAAUUCAACAGAAUCGAAUGAAAAAAAAAAACAGAAAUAAAACAAUAAAAACCUAGUGUGCUUAGAAUGGGAAUGCAAUUAUUGUAUUUAAAUAAAAACAACAACAGAAAAAAGAAAUAUGGAAAAAUACCAAAAAAAAACUUGUGUCACAUUUGUUUUUUCGCUUACAAAUGAUUUUUUUUGAGAAUUUGGCUUAGAAAGUGUUUGUUUGGAAUAAAAUGAUCUUAUUUUAUGUAAAACUAGAAAA